UGGGGGUAGAGCCAGCAGUGCGUGCGGGGCUUCAGACACAACGGUCGUGCUGAUGGCGGAGGAGAGGUGGGGCUCUGGGAGUGCCGGGGCGAGGGCUGCCUGACCGACCGACCGACCGAGCGGCUGGCUGGCUGGCUGGCUGGCUGGCUGGCAGACUGGCGGGCAGACAGUGGCCACUCUGCCACCGUGGAGCCACAGUCUCAGCCACAGGCAUGGCGCACGGCAGCCGUGACAGUUACGUUGUGCGCGUCAAAGCGGUGGUCAUGACACGGGAUGACUCGAGCGGCGGCUGGCUGGCGCAGGAGGGCGGCGGCCUCAGCCGGGUGGGCGUGUGCAAGGUGCCACCGGCCGAGCUGACGGAACGCUGCAACUUCCUCAUCCACGGGGAGCGCAUCAAGGACAAGCAGGUGAUCUUGGAGUGCUUUGUGAGGAAGGACCUGAUCUACACCCGGGCCACGCCCACCUUCCACCACUGGAGGGUGGACAACAAGAAGUGCGGCUUGACCUUCCAGAGUCCGGCCGACGCCCGCGCCUUCGACAGGGGCGUGCGCAAAGCCCAGGAGGACCUGACGGAAGGCUCAACCACUUCCUCCUCCACACUCCAGAACGAGGCUGAGUUGGGUGAUGAUGAUGUGUUCACGAACAAUACCGACAGCUCAUCCAACUCCUCUCAGAGGAAGGAGCACUCUAUGCAGCCUCUGGCCACCUCCACCUGUUAUGAGCCCCACCGGCACCACUGCAUCCUGGGACACCUACACGACCCCUACCGCUCCUCAGACCACUACUUCCUGGACCAGUCGGUGCCAAAGUUCUCGCGGCACGUCAGCUUCCUGGACGAGGAGGACAUCGUGAGGAUCAACCCCCGCGAGCGCAGCUGGAUGACCGGCUACGAGGACUACCGGCACGCCGCCGUGCGGGACCGCUUCAUCCAGCCCGACGAGCUGGACUCCUACGUGCACUUUGCCAAGAGCGAGCCCUCCAAGCACGACUACAGCUACCCCUACACGCCGGGCUCGGACCCGGUCCCCGGGCGCCCGGCGGACCUCAAGGGCGACGGCGGCGGCGUAGUAGGGGUGGGCGGACUUCUGGGGGGGUCGGUGGUCUCCACGCAGCCCAAGGGGGGGCAGCGCAAGCGCAAGGAGCAGGGCGAGCGCUCGCGGUGCAAGUACUGCCGGGACAUGUUCAACCACGAGGAGAACCGGCGGGGGCGCUGCCACGACGCGCCCGACCCCGUCCGUACCUGCAUCCGGCGCGUCAGCUUCAUGUGGUGCGCCGACAGCCUGCUCUACCACUGCAUGUCGGACCCGGAGGGCGACUACUCGGACCCGUGCUCGUGCGACACCGGCGACGAGCGCUUCUGCCUGCGCUGGGCGGCGCUGCUGGGUCUGUCCGUCUUCGCGCCGUGCCUGUGCUGCUACCCGCCGCUCCACGCCUGCCACCGCUGCGGCCUCGUCUGCGGCUGCUGCGGCGGCAAACACAAGGCCAUGGUGUGAGGCCGGGCGGAAGGAAGGACAGAGAGAGAGAGAGAGAGAGAGAGAGAGAGAGCCCGGAGAGAGAGCGGGGAGAGAAAGUGAGUGAGAGAGGCUGGUCUGGACUGAUGGAAGAAAGGGUUCUCUUACGUAAAAAAACCAACAACAAAAACGAAACAAUUGAUCUCUCUCUCUGGGUUUCCAGACGGACAAAAAAAGAACUUGGUGCAGUUAACUUUCUAUUUUUUUUAAAUAUACAUAAAUAUAUAUAUAUAGAAGAAUAUAUGUGUUCCUUAUUGUCCCGCGCAUAAAGGAGGUUCCCCUCCAUUUCCUUGUGAAA